CACAGCUCCACCACUGAGAGGAUGUGUGGACAUCCUGACAGAAAAUCAAGAGACCACUGAGUACAACAGAAUGAUAGGAGUCAGCAAAGGAUGUCCAGUCUCGAUACUGGGUGUCCGUGCAGCCACGUUGUACUCAGCUCUGUCCAUCGAUUCCCUGCUUGUCUGGGAGGAAGAGCCGGUCAGAGUCUCUCUGGGCUUCAGGACCACAGACAAACACGGUGCUCUUCUCAGGAGCAGAUCUCAGGGCUCCACCUCUGGUCAUGACCUUCAGCUGGCCCUGUCUGAUGGCUAUGUAGUACUUAAUAGCAAUAAUUACACCCUGAAGUCUGAUAAACAAUACAGUGAUGGAAACUGGCACUACUUGAUUGCAGUGAGGAGGUCAACAGGGUUGGAGCUCAGCAUCGAUAAUGUAAAUGUGAUUCAGGGACAAUCACACCAUAUCAAGCCAGUGGAUCAAAAUUCCAGAGGACAGAAAUUCAAAGGCUGCAUCACUAACCUUUAUUCAAGGAGGCCUGGGCAGAGCUUUAUACCAGCUGAUCUAAGCUCAUUUUCACAAACGGGAGACGUUGCUCUUGGUCUCUGCAGUCUCCACAGUCCACCUCACACCAAGCAAGAAAAGCAUGGGAAGCACAAACCUGUGAGCACAAUUCAUGUUCCUACAGGCAGCCACUGUAGACGAGCACACAGAGGUGAAUACCAGCUCUAUGAUGAACACAGCUGGCUGAGUUACACUGUGCCACAAGAGGAUCUUAAUUACAGGCCUCAUUUUUCUCUUGAUAUCAAGACCAAGUCAUCCAAUGGGCUGAUCCUCCACCUGGCAGGGAGAGGAGUCGUACCCCUGCUGGCUCUGUACAUGGCCAGUGGCAAGAUCAAGAUGUCUCUGGGGCAAAACAGAAUCAUCCAGCACAAGCAGAAGAGCAACGAUGGAAACUGGCACAGAGUUGAGUUCAGUGUGGAGAGGAGCACUUUCCACCUGCUGGUUGAUGGAAUCCAUGUGACUGAUGGUCAGUUACCAAACAAUGAGGGAUCAUCUUUAGACCUGCACAACCCUGUGUAUCUGGGAGCUGAUCCAAAAAGCAGAACCAUCAAAGGACACAACAUUCCCAUGAACACUGUUACUGGCUGUAUACGGGAUUUCAAAGUGAAUGAUGUAGCUGUUGGGGAACCUGAGGCAAAUCACAAAACUUUACCCUGCUUGGAUGGGCUCACAGAGACGGGGACAUAUUUUGGCGGCGGUCACAUCAUCUUAGGUAAUUUUACGGUUGGCUCUCACUUUGUGUUGUCCUUCGAGCUGCGUCCUCAAUACCUGACAGGUCUUCUCUUCCAUGUUCCAAGUGACAAGACCAGCUUUAAUGUGUUCUUAAUGGAAAACAAGGUGAGCGUUAAAGUGAAUGAUGGUAACGAUGCUGUUAGUGUCUCUGUGACUCCUCAUGAAAGUCUCUGUGAUGGAAAGUUUCACACAGUUACAGUGUCCAAAAAACCUGAAAUGAUCAGACUAGUGGUGGACUCUGUGUCUGAGCAGAAAGCUGUCCUUUUCACAUCCAUCUCACACUCAACAACACUGAAUUCACUUUCUAUUGGAGGGACAACAAACUACAGACAGGUCCCUGUGUCCUCACCAUUUGUGGGCUGCUUGCGAAAUGUAAAGGUUAAUGGAGGGCCUCUUGCUUUUAAGACAGAAUCCAGGGUGGUUGAUCCUGUAAGCAUCGAUAGAUGUCCUAAAGAAUGACAUGUAAUUAAACUUCUCGGACCCUAGAGCAUCAAAGUCCAACAGAGCCAACAGGCUUUGCUGAAACCUACAGAUGUUUGAAAUUCUAUCCAGACAAAGUUAGAUGAAGACACAAAAAUUGACCAUUUGAUUGAUAAAGCUAGAUGUUAGGCAAGAGGUCAGCAUUGUCACUAGCUGGUGAGGAAGUGUCCUUGAAGAAGACACAGAAAAUAAAGUGAAAGCACUAUCCUUGUAUUGCAGUGUGGAAAAGGUUAGUUAAUCAGGCUGAGAGAUUACGUUUAUGCUUCUCAAACAAUGUGUUACAAUUAAAAGUUACACUUUUAAUUGUCAAGAUGUGAGGUAACCAAUGUGUUUGGCAAAUGUAACGUAAUUAACAUUGUGUUUGCUGACCUCACCUGGCAUCAGUAAUUCUUGUGUUAAGUUACUCUUUAAUUCAACUGUGGUCUGUUGGACUAUAAU